AUGAGUUUGACACUUAACUCAAAGAAUGUUUCUGUAGGCACCUUGGCUAUUAUCGCUAGUCAGCCCGAGUUAAAGAACAGUAUUGCUGUUCAAACUGGUUCUGAAACCACUUUUAAGACUGACAGCGUUAACUUGCGUACAGGUCCCAACGUUAUCCGCUACAUUAUCCGUUCCAACAACCUUUUGGAUGAGACCAAUGUCAACAACCAAGUCGCCGCUCAUGUUUUGGAUUUGGCCCUUGCCGGCAACGUUGACGCUUUAAAGGCUCGUAUUGCCAGCAAGUCUACCACAUUCUUGACUGGCUCUGAACCCACUGUUGCUGACUAUGUUGCUUGGUGUCUCUUGAGAAAGGAAAACGAAAGUGAAUAUACCAAGGCUGUUGAAGCCACACCUGCCGCUCAAGAAGCUCUUAAAUGGGCUUCUGAAUUAGCCACUAGCAUUCCUGAAGUCGCUAUUCCCGACAUUCCCGGUUCCGGAUCUGAUCCCUCUACCAACCCAGUCGAUACUUUUAGAAAUCUGAUUGCUGUCCAAAUUGCUCAAAUUGGUAACCUUGAUCCUGUUAUUGUUUAUCAAGCCAUUGACAACCCUCGUUCUCUUGAAAAUGGUGAUUUGGCCAUUGCUUUGCCUCGUCUUCGUGUCAAGGGUAACCCUGCUGCUAUUGCCAAGGAAUGGGCUUCUUCUUUUGUCACUAAUGAUUACAUUACUGAAGCCUCUUCUGCUGGUCCUUUCUUGAACUUCCGUAUUAACAAGGCUAUUAUGGUCAAGUUGACCUUGAACCAAGUCUCUGAAAAGGCCGAAAAGUAUGGUUACAACAGCUCUGGUGAAAACAAGACUGUUAUUGUUGAAUUUUCUUCUCCCAACAUUGCUAAACCUUUCCAUGCUGGUCAUCUUCGUUCUACUAUCAUUGGUGCUUUCCUUGCUAAUGUUUACACUGCUAAUGGUUGGAAGACUAUUACCAUGAACUAUUUAGGUGAUUGGGGUAAACAAUAUGGUCUUUUGGCUGUUGGUUUCGCCAAAUAUGGUUCUGAAGAAAAGCUUGUUGCUGAUCCUAUCAAGCAUUUGUACGACGUAUAUGUCCAAAUCAAUUCAGAUGCUACAGAAGAGCCUACUAUUCACGAUGAAGCUCGUGCUUACUUUAAGAAGAUGGAAGAUGGUGAUGAAGAAGCUCUUGCUUUAUGGCGCCGUUUCAGAGACUUGUCUAUUGUCAAAUAUAGAGACAUUUAUGCUCGUCUUAACAUCAGUUUUGAUGUUUAUUCUGGUGAAUCCCAAGUUGGUGAAGGUAUGGCCAAGGCCAUGAAGAUGCUUGAAGAAUGCAACUUGUUGGAAGAUUCAGAAGGUGCCAAGAUCAUCAACAUGGAAAAGUACAAGCUCGGUAGUACUGUUGUUCAAAAGAAGGAUGGUACCACUCUUUACUUGACCCGUGAUAUUGGUGCUGCCAGUGAACGUUAUGAAAAAUACAAGUUUGACAAGAUGAUUUACGUUGUUGCCUCUCAACAAGAUCUUCAUUUGAAGCAACUCUUUAAGACCUUAGAAAUGCUCAACUUUGAAUGGGCCAGCAAGCUUGAACACGUCAACUUUGGUAUGGUCUUGGGUAUGUCUACUCGUAAGGGUACUGUUGUCUUCUUGGAAGACAUCUUGGAUGAAGCCAAGGAAACCAUGCACGAAGUCAUGCGUAAGAACGAAGCCAAAUAUGCUGAAAUCGAUGAUCCUGAAAGAGUUGCUGAUGAAAUUGGUAUCUCUGCUGUCAAGAUCCAAGAUAACUCUGCUCGUCGUAUCAAGAACUACGAAUUCAACAUGGCCCGUAUGUGUACUUUUGAAGGUGAUACCGGACCUUACAUUCAAUAUGCUCAUGCUCGUCUUGCUUCUGUUGAACGUAAGAGUGGUCUUCAAGUCAACCAUAAGGCUGAUUUGAGCUUGUUGACUGAACCUCAAGCCAUUGAUGUCAUUCGCACUGUUUCUCAAUACCCUGAUCUCAUCAAGAGCUUGCUUACUGCCUAUGAGCCUUGUAACGUCGUCACUUAUGCUUUUAAGUUGUCCCAUGAUAUUUCUGCUUGUUUCGAAAACCUUUGGGUUAGAGGUGCUGAACCUGCUGUUGCUGAUGCCCGUUUGCUCAUGUAUUGGUCUGCUCGUAUUACGCUUGGUAACGCCAUGCGUAUGUUGGGUUUGAGACCUUUGGAGCGUAUGUAA